GAUUUCUCCUUGUAUAAACUCUCUGUUUCUCUGCACUCACCCUGAAAGAAAGAAAGAAAGAAAGAAAGAAAGCAAAGACAAACAGUCUUUCUUCUUCUUGGUUUUUGUUUCUCUCUCUGUUUUUCCUUCACUUUUUCUUUCUCGUCGGUUUCCAUGGCUGCCUCUGUUGAUCCCCUCGUUGUCGGUAGAGUGAUCGGCGAUGUGGUUGACAUGUUUGUUCCCACUGUUAACAUGUCGGUUUAUUUUGGCCCCAAGCAUGUUACCAACGGCUGCGAUGUCAAACCAUCCGUGGCCGUCAAUCCUCCCAAGAUCACCAUUUCCGGCCAUUCUGAUGAGCUCUAUACUCUGGUCAUGACCGACCCGGACGCACCCAGCCCGAGUGAGCCUAGUAUGAGAGAAUGGGUCCAUUGGGUCGUGGUGGACAUUCCUGGAGGCACCAACCCGACUCGAGGUAAAAGUAUUUUAUUUACACUCUGUUUGGAUUGAAAUGAAAACGUUACAUACACACACACACACACGUAUUUAUAUAUGUUAAAUGUAAAAGAAAUAUUAUAUUAGUUAAUUUUCAAGAGGUGGGAAGAAAAAU